AUUCAACAAAACUCAGGACCUCUCUACGCAGAGGUCCUCCUCCACAUCAGCUUCCGUCACCACCUUAUCCUCCUCCAUUUCCAGAUUUCUUUUAGCAGAACUAAACUGACGGUUCUUGAUUUUCUUCGAAGCAGCAGCAACCUCAAGUUUCCUCCAGCUUUGUUACUUCCUUUUGGCCAAUUAACCACAUAAUGACUACAUGAUAAGUUCGAUGACAACAGUCGCCAAAAUUGACCAAAAUAAUAUUUUCAGAUUUAUGACUUCUCGUCAAUCCUCAUUUGCUAUUUAGAUUGUUUAUUGUUUAUCUUGCAGACUUUAUGGUGUUUUUUUUUGUUUUUUUAGUCGAGUGUAGACACCUGUGAUGAACACCAUUUGACUGUUCCUAAACUUGAAUAUAGUUAAGGGCUGCAUGCAGACACGUUGCUUCAUUUCCUGAGAAAAGGUCAAGCCGCCUUAGCAAUCUGAUGAGUUGUUUCCUAUUUCGAAUCUAGUUAAGGGCUUUUGCAAUGUUAUAAAUAGGGGAUUGUAGACCAAUCAAAUUAUCAAAAUCAUAGUAGCUAGAAAGAAACAAGAAAUUAAGAGAUGGCAAUAAGAAUGAAUGGUGCAGAUAGUCUCUACAGCUAUAGCAAAUACUCUUCUUUUCAGAGAAAUGCUAUAGAUGCUGCCAAGGAACUGAUCAAAGAGGCAGUUUUCGACAAGCUUGACAUCGAAAGCUUCCCAUCCUCCAACACCUUUCGAGUUACAGAUUUAGGCUGUGCUAUGGGGCCCAACACGUUCCUAGCUGUGCAAAACAUACUUGAAGCUGUGGAGGACAAGUACCGAACCCAAGGGCGCAAUUCUGAGGUCCCCGAGUUUCAAGUCUUUUUCAGUGAUCAAGCUGGAAAUGAUUUCAAUCAGCUCUUCCAAUCCCUCCCUCCAGACAGGAACUACUUCGCAAUGGGCGUACCGGGAUCUUUUUACUCUCGCUUGUUUCCCAAGGCACAUCUUCACUUUGUAUACUCUUCAUUUUCUCUGCAGUUUCUCUCUAAAGUGCCUGAGGAAGUGUUGGACAGGAGCUCCCCUGCUUGGAACAAAGGUAGGGUUCAUUACUCAAAUUCUGCACACCAAGUUGUUGAGGCAUAUUCAGCUCAAUAUGCCAAGGACAUGGAGUGCUUUCUAAAUGCUAGAGCACAAGAGAUCGUCGGAGGAGGGUUGAUGGCAUUUGUUGUUCCCGGCCGCCCCAAUGAAAUCCCUCAUGCACAAAGCUAUUACAACAUGUCACUAGACCUAUGUGGUUCCAGUCUCAUGGACAUGGCCAAGAAGGGUGUCAUUGCCGAAGACAAAGUGGACUCCUUCAAUCUACCAAUAUAUAAUGCUUCUCUCCAAGAAGUGGAAGCCAUUGUGAAAGGCAAUGGAUGUUUUAGCAUAGAGAGAAUGGAAAACUUGCCUCAAGAAAAGCUACAGCCCAAUGUGUUUCGCUCAACUGUGAGAGCCGGAACGGAGCAUAUAAUUCGAGCGAAUUUUGGAGAAGAGAUUUUAGAUGAGUUCUUUGACACAUUUUGCAAGAAAUAUGAAGAAUCCACCUCCGUCUUGGAAUCAGUGAAAGCUGUUAGUUUAUUUGUUUUACUCAAACGCGCGCAUAGGAAGUACUGACUACUGAGUAAUAUAAACAGAGGAUAUUUCUUUAGUUUAUCUAGUGAAACUUUGCUAUUGUAAUGUGAUCUUACUGUACUAGUAAGUGGUAUUGGUUGUUUCUGUCAUUUUCAAUAAACUACUCUGUUGUACAAA